AGUCGCUUACGGAGUGCCGAACGGGCAACGCUUGCUCUCUCGAAACCGCUUCUUCCGCGCCGGCAAAAUCAUCGCAUCCACCACGUGCGACCACCCUCUUUGCAACCAAUGGCCAGACGCGGCCUACAGGGUGGCGCCUCCGCAGCUGCCCUUGGACUCGGUGAUCGAGGAUGACGAAAGGCUCAUGUUUGACAUGGAACACCAUUUGCGACACUGUCCCUGCGACUGCGGACACAUCGGAUAUGACGCAGCGCACCGGCACAAAUUCCAGGUGGAGGUGGUCGACUGCUGCGAGGAGGGUUCGGACAGUUCCAGCUACGACGGGCCGCCGAGCCCCAUCCCCCGGCUGCUGCCCCCAGCACCACCCUGCAGCAGACACCCCGAUUCGCUAAUCACGCCGAGCUCAGACAGCAAGAGUCCUGACAGCAGCAGAACUUUGGUCGUCUACCCGACCACCAUUCCUCCAGUGGAUCUGACAAGCAAGCACUGGCUGGCGGUGAUAUUGGUUCUCACGAUGGCAGCAGCCGCCGGUUUGGGGGUGCCACUCGCCCUCAAAGUGCAGUCAGGCGCGUCGCUCGAGGAGCGCAUCGAGGCGGCCAAGAGACUGCUGCAGGAGGUGCCCCUUAUCGACGGGCACAACGACCUACCCUGGAACAUCCGAAAGUUCGUUCAUAAUCAUUUGGACGACUUUCGCUUUUCCGAAGACCUGCGCAAGAUUGCGCCCUGGUCCAGCAGCGCGUGGUCCCACACCGACCUGCCACGCAUGAAGGCCGGACUUGUUGGUGCUCAGUUCUGGGCGGCGUAUGUGCCGUGCGAGUCGCAAUUCCGAGACGCGGUGCAACUCACCCUGGAGCAGAUCGACGUGAUCAGGAGACUGACCCAAAAAUACGAGCCCCACCUGACACUCUGCCUGUCAGCAGCAGACAUACGAGCAGCACACGAGUCGGGUCGCAUGUGCAGUUUGAUUGGGGUCGAAGGUGGCCACUCGCUGGGCAACUCGAUGGCGGUUCUGCGGUCGCUGUACGACCUCGGCGUCCGCUACCUCACUCUCACCUCCACCUGCAACACGCCGUGGGCGGACUGUUCGCUGGUCGACAAGCCGAAUUCCGGAGCGUUGCCCGAGCACGGAGGGCUGAGCAAAUUUGGCAAGAGCAUCGUGAAGGAGAUGAACCGUCUGGGGAUGAUCGUGGACCUGUCACACGUGUCCAUCGGAACGAUGCGCGCCGCGCUGGCCGCUUCGCAGGCCCCGGUCAUCUUUUCGCACUCGUCGGCCCGCGCGCUCUGCAACUCGACCAGAAACGUCCCCGACGACAUCCUCAAACAAGUGGCCUUAAACCGAGGAUUGGUGAUGGUGAAUUUUUACUCUCUUUUCCUGACCUGUCAAGAAAAAGCAACUGUCGAAGAUGCAGUCGCUCACAUAAAUCAUAUUCGAUCCGUGGCCGGGGUGGACUGCGUUGGACUCGGCGCCGGCUACGACGGAAUCAACUUCACUCCUCUGGGACUGGAAGACGUUUCCCGGUACCCGGCGCUGUUUGCCGAGCUCAUCCGCACCGGCCAGUGGACGGUGGACGAGUUGAAACAACUGGCCGGGCUCAAUUUCCUCAGGGUCAUCGAGAGUGUGGAAAAUCACCGAGACAAAUUGAAAACGUCAGGGAUGACGCCCCUGGAGGAGAACAUCCCUCCAAGAUACAUCAAGAACAAGGGCAACUGCACCUCGGCUGACCUGUAAUCGCAGCUGCAGCUUGUACUGGAACCAAAAUCACUCGGUGCUCUUUUGGCACAAAUCGUUUAGCAAACAAAUAACUAUAAUAAAAACAAAUUAAAAUUGUAUGUUGUAAUUAAGAGGAUGAUUCCAAAGAGUUAAGGAGGCGAGCGAUGAAUACUCCAAAGUACCUUCUCAUAUCAUAAUAAGCGCGCAGCUCAACUUCCUCGCCAUGUUUUCUGUCAACCCAGAGCUGCUCUUUUGGUUUUUCUGGUACUCGGUAUAUUAAAAAUUAGUUUGAUUUUUCACAAGAAAACAAACUAACUUGGCAUAAGUUUCGAGUGUUAAAGAUUUCAAGAAUUUUCCAGGUAGACAAGUGCUAGUGAUUUUUAUAAAUAAAAAUGUGACAGGUAUAGCGUCAUAACUAACAAAACUUUUAUAGAGCUUGAUGUAAACUACGUAUGUCUGAUUACGCCGCCACUUUUGUUUGAUUGUUGUUGAAAACCGCCUGACCUAUAAUCCGGAGGGAGGAAAUUCAAUUUGUAAUUUGUUUUAUCUUUACUUUGUAUCAGUGCAUUUCAGCAGAAAUAAAAGCAGGGGCGGAUCAGGUUGGAUAAAGAGUACGUCGGGGAGCAGCCGGCGUUUUGCAGUUGCGAGCGAGUCAGUUUUAUGUAAAUGGCACAGAAGUGUGCGGGCAAUAGCAAUAAAAACUUAUUUACAACCACUAUUAAUUUCAACGACUCCCAUUUAGUGAGGCCGGCCGCGUCUUUGAGCGAAAGGGGAUCGAUAAACGUCGUUUUGCCUAAAUAUCAAAACUAGUCGGCGUCGGCACCAAUUGGCUGUAAAUAUUUGGCACCUAAUUAUGAAAAAUGUCCAUGCUACGAUAAUUGGUGUUCUUUAUUGUUUAAGUCUUUGUUAAAAGAAAAACAUUUUAGUUUAAAUCUUCAAAGCACAAAAAUAAUUAACUAAUCCAUGAAUAAAAUUUCAAAACAAAUUUUUAGCGUGACAAUAUAAUAAGAGUAAUAAUUAAAAAUGUACAUAAAUCAAAUUAUUCUGUCAUGAGUUUAAUUUAAUUAUUAUUUAGAGUUAAAAAAAUUAAAUAUAAUUUAUUUCAAAAUAAUAAUAUUUAAGCAAGAAUAUAUAAAAUAACAAUUAUAUUAUAUUAUUUGUUUUGCAAUUCAAAUUUUUUAACAUGCAACUUGCUCAACGCAUAGCAAAUAAAAUUUAGCGUAGAUCCCAAAUAUAAUGCUAUAAAAAAUUUGAGUUUGACGCAAAAAUGAAGCAAAUCGAACUGUUAACUAAAUAAACGUGUCCACUAAAUCACUGACGUGCCAACAAAAGAGUUGUUUCUGUGCCAUAUUAGGGAAGUGGCUGAAAUUGUGUAAAUAGAUUUUAAAAAGCUUCGUAUCAAUUAAAAACGAGUGAACAUACUAAUUGUAAGAUUUAACAAUGCAAAAGAUUUAAUUGCGAGUUGAGAGUGAUAUUUGCAUCAGUCUGUAUGGUAAAAAUAAAUAAACUUUGUACUCACUCCAUUGCGAUUUUAAGAGACGGAAUAUAAAGUGAAUUUCUAGAAUGUGUUAAAAUUUGAAGAUGGGGAGAAUGAUUGUUGAUUAAAAAUGUGUAAAGUAAAGAAGGGUAAUGAAAAUAAAAUGAAAUGUUGAGCUAAAAACUUAUUGUUUAAAAUUGAUCCAGGUAACUGGUUUGUUGUUUAGUAAAAAAUAAACAUUUAGAAA